UGUAGCGGAAGUGCAAUUGGGAUGGGUUCACAAGGUUGCAGGCGAUGCCCUCACAAUGAGAGUGAAACUCGGCAGCGGCAGCAACACUGCUCCCACUGCCCCCUCCGCCGUCACUGCCACCACUGCCCUCUCCACAACCCUCACUUUCACGCUAAUAACUUCCCCAGACCAUAUCUCAUUCCUCUCCCUCAUUUCGCUCCCUUACCUCUCCAAACGCAUCCCAAUUCCCACUUUCAUGAACAACCCAUUUCUUCUGAUGCUCAGAUUUCACAAGAGCUGGAGCAUAUAGAUCUGGAUGGUGAGGAAGAGGAUGAUGAGCCAGUUUUUGUUCUAACUGAUGAAUGGAGGGAAUUCUUUGCAAAAUCAGAAGCUAAGAGAAAACUGGAGAAGAAGCAGGCCAAGAAGGGGAAGAAGUAAAUAUAGAGAGAAAUGUUGUCUAACAAUACUGUGUGGAUGAUCAAGAGAUUCAAGAGGUUAUUGUUCAAGGGUGGUUGAUGACGAACCUAGGAUGGAGUACUAAUAUAUGUAGUUCAAUAUUGUUUGUAAGACGGCGAAUUUACAAAUUUUUUAUUUACAAAAGUCUAAUCCAAAGAGAAUGUCUUUACAGAAGUAUCAAAAAAGUAUGUUAGUGCUUUUGUAUUUGAAUUAAGCAUUUCAAAUUGGCAAUGCCAGGUUAUCUUUA